AGAUUUUGUACAAGAUUUAUAAAACUGUAAACAAUUGUCUUAAAAAUAAAUUCUUCCAAACAAAAAAAUAAGACUCAAAUAGUUUUAAAAGCUUAUUUAUUAAAGUUAAUCUUUUCCAGAAGAAAUUCGUUUCAAAUUGAUUCAAGCUAUCCGAAAGAUGGAGACAACUGAAGAUUAUGAUACAAACACCGAUUGGGUGUUUAAUUUCGAGAGUGAUCACUUGGCGCUUAGAGGCAAUCGAGAAUACUCAAGAAUGUUAAGAACAAUUGCUCUCCUAAAUGCACAAAAAAUACAAAUACACAAUGAUAUUGAAAAUCUUGUUCAAAGUAAAAACAAAUACCUUCAUGAUCCAUCGGGCUUUGUAAAUGAUAUAUUUGAAGACAAGUUUGUUUCUCCUGAAUACAGGUGUAUCGCUGAGAUUCAAGAAAUUGGUUCAACAAAAGUUGAACAUUUUACCGAAAAUGAUAUGGAAAGUAAACUAAUGAAAGACGUCAAGGUCCGUGGAAGAGUAUUCGACCAAACCAAACCAGAAACAUUUAAUCAACUAUGGACUUGUGAGGAACAAAGACGUCUUGAACAACUCUUAAUCGAAUAUCCAGUGGAGCCUGUGGAAAUGCGGCGUUUUGCUAAAAUUGCCCAUGCCUUAGGUAAUCGCACGGCCCAACAAGUAGCCAGCAGGGUACAAAAAUUCUUCAAAAAGCUGCACUCUGUAGGAAUGCCCGUGCCAGGGAGAAUUCCAAAGAAUAAAAAAAGUGUUUUUCCAAGAUCGAAACAUUUCUACAAAAACUUGUACCGUCGAUCUACUUUUUUCCCUGCCCAUGAUGUUCCAGUCAACAUACCAGACGAUGAAAUAAUGGGUGAAGAGUUUUACAACUGCAACAAUUCGCUGUCUUAUAAUAAAAGUUCAUUUUCAACAUCAUCGGCUGUGGAAAAGGAGAACUUUCUUAAUAUUCUGAAUGAAAUUCGCAAAGAGAAAGCAACACAAUCAACGGAAGAAUUUAAAUAUCAAAGCCAUUCUGAAAAAUGUGAAAAUUGCCUGGAACCGACAAGUUUCGAAGCUCGAUGGAUUUGUAACACAUGUUGCUGUUAUAUAAGCUUGUGUGGAGACUGUAUUGUCCACCAAUUGAUGACAAAAACAUUUUCUCACAUAAGUCACGAAGUAAUUCUAAAUAAAGAAACAUGAAAGUUAAA